CGGCAUCAUUGAUACUCUCUAUCUUUUUCGUACAUCAAUCACUUCUUACCAGUUAUUACAAUAAAUUAUAGUCAAAUGGAGCUAAACAUAUUGUUAUAGUACUUUCGUUUCUACAUUGAUACAUUUUAUUUCUUAAAAAGGUGUUUACUUUAGAUUAGUAAACUUAUAAGUGAUAUUGGGUUUGAAUCCAAUUUAAAAAUGGAAGCACUAUCCAAUAUUUUGCAGCCGUACAAGGCUAUUGUCGGCACAGUGGCUGCUGUAGUCACUAUUGGACAAAUGUUCUCAGGAUCAUUUCUGUGCUAUGACAUUUAUAAGCAGAAGGGCACUAAAGGAGUGGGUAUCAUGCCAUUUAUUGGUGGUUUAGUUAUGAGCGUGUUAAAUUUAAAAUACGGCUUCAUUCUACGCGACGAUACAAUGAUUCAAGUGAAUUUUGUGGGUUGCGCCAUAAACAUUGUCUACCUCAUGAUUUAUUUCAACUACUCGGCCCAGAAGGGGCUUGUUUGGGCCCAAAUUGGGGCCGGUGGGGCUAUCUCGGCAGCUCUAAUCGGAUACUCCGAGUACGAAGACCCCAAACUUAUUGAAACACGUUUUGGAACUAUUAUAACAGCGUUCAUGUUCUAUUUGAUUGCUUCUCCGUUGUUUAAUUUGAAAACCAUAAUUAAAAACAAGAGCACAGAAGGUAUGCCCUUCCCGAUAAUCAUGUCUGGUAGCGUGGUCACCUUCACAUGGCUACUCUAUGGAAUUAUACUGAACAACUCGUUCCUUGUGCUCCAAAAUGUAGUAGCUGUCAUGCUGUGUUCUGUUCAAUUGGCCCUCUUUGCGAUUUAUCCAUCGAAGCCCAAAGGAAAGGAGAGGAAACCUAAAGCCAAGAAAGUAGACUAACAGAGUCCCUGAUUGAGAAAUAAUUAGAAUAAUGGAUGCUUAUAAUUGUAUUAUUUAUGUAUGCGAACAGUUUUUCUUAUCUAACGUCUUCCAAUUUAGCGGCAAAUGUCAAUUCGUAGGUUAUGUCAGUUAAUUGUUAUAGAUUAUAUUUUUUAACGUUCAAUACUGCAUUUAUUUUGAAUUUUUUGCGAAAGGGAUAUAUAUAUAAUAUGGUUAAGAAUUUUUGAUUGUUGCUGUUUUAUACUUUUAUUUCUGUAUAAGGCAAAGUGAUUUAUGUAUAUAGGAAUUGGGAAAUGUCAUAUGUCAUUGAUCGUACAUUCACGAUGAUGUUAAAUGAAGUUCAAUUUAUUGAUUUCCAGUUUUAUAUGCUAUUUUUUAAUCCCUUUGGGUAUUUAAUAUUUUUAGCAAGAAUAGAUGCUGUGAUGUAAUAUUUAGUAUAAAAUUUUAUGCUCUAGAACAAUUUUUCAGAGAACAAAUUUGUUUUGAUUAUUGACAAUAAGUCAUAGAGAUCGGUAAAGUUUUCUGUAAUUAAAUGAUUAUGUCAAAAUAUACAGUAGACCAUAGAGACGCCCUGGUCUAUGGUUUAUGAUAUGGGGCUGUGAUUAUAGUUUUAUUGUUAACUGUAAUCCUAAAUAACAUUCCUAUAAAAUCAGUAAACUAUAUUUUGAUGCAAUAAAAUUGCCAUUUUUGUACAAUAUAAUAAUUCUUCUA